UUCAAAUUAUACUUCAGUGGUAAAUGCGGAUAAUAUUGUUUGGCAUUUUGUGUUUGAUUGGCUUCCGGAAUGGAUAUCAGCAAAGAGUUAAAGGAAUACAGGGUUACUGGCCGCAAAUGGUUAACUAAAAAAAGGAAGGAGUCGGUUAAUUUCCAAAUGAACGUCUUCGCCUCAAACAAAGGUGAUGCAGAAACUGCUUUUUGGUACUAUGCCAUUAAUAUGGAGGAUAUUAAGAGGAAAUAUGCAGAUCUUAUUUCAUGUAAGCGCAUUCGUGGAUCAACUCGUAGAAAGAAAAAGUUUGCAUUUUGGAUCACCUAUGGUAAACGUACUGGUUUCAAAGACACAACUAUGGUACAGAGAAAUUAUUGCGUCAAUAAGGCUUGUACGCAAUUAUUAUGGCGUUUGGGCGCCCGUCGUCGUGCUGCGGCAAGUUUCAAGGCGAUUUUUGAUAUGGAUACUGGAUUUAUUAGCGGAGACAAUUUGUAAAAUAUUAAUUUCCUAUAUUAAGUAAUUCAGUUAUGAAUAAAGUUGAACAUUAAAAAUUA